UGUCAGCAUCCGGCCCGGUGCACGUCGUCAGCUUCAUGCUCCCUUCAUCCAAGCACCCUCACUCUCGACCAGUACUGCCUACAGCUAUCAGAUUGAUUCCUCAUUUGCUCGAUCAACUUCAUCACCAUGGACACCGCGCGCACGCCGCGCGAUGAGGCAGCGGAGUAUAUCGCCAAUCGGCGCUUUCAUCAAUCUGUCACCCUUCCCGCGCGCGAUGGCCACAAGAAGAUGCUGAUCAGCUACGCGGAAUACGGCUAUGAGGGCGACGCAAACACCCCCACAAUCUUGUUCACGCCUGGGAUGUUCGGGUCGCGAUACGUGGGCAUGUUUAUGCAUGCGAUUGCGGCCAAGAACAAGGUCAGGGUGCUGGUGCCGGACAGGUUCGGCUUCGGUGAGACGAAGAACGUACCAUUGGAAUCUCGUAUCAGUGCCUGGACGGCUGCCAUGCCCAGGUUCCUCGAGGCCCUGGGCAUCAAGCACGUCGCACUCUUGUCGCACAGCGCUGGCACCAUCUACAACCUGAAUCUCCUAUGGCACCACCGAGAGGUACUGCAUCCGACACGUCCGAUGAUCUUCUUUCUGGCCCCUUUCGUGGACGUCGCCCACUCCAAGGUACCCAUGGUCCUCGCUCUUCAGAAACUACCCGAGAUGUCGUUUGGCUACUGGAACAAGAUGGCCAGCUUCUUCGCUCUCAAAGCCUCUGUCAUGGUUGGAUUCUCCUCGGGACUGCUCGCCCAGUUUGCGGGAGCCCUCUCGCCUGGGAACGAUGAACCCUCGGCACGGGAGGCGAACAUGAAGGUCAUAGAGAGGGACUAUGGCUUGGGGGUAGACUUGCAAGUUGUACUGGAGAUGGCCGUCACCCGGGGCUUGUUUGCGGAGGACACCGUGGGCGCGAAUCACGAGGCGCUCGUUUGCCUCAAAAAGGGAUCAGGCGCGUUCUGGGCCGAAGCGGAUGAUAUGGCCGUGCUCAUCGACAAGUUGGCCGUGCGAGAGAGGGAAACACGGGUUGAGGGACGAGCAGCGCUUCGUGUUGGGAUAUUCUUUGCCGAGACUGAUGCCAUGACGGGGAAGACAGGACAGGAGUACUUUCAGUCUUGCUGGAAGGGGGAGAAUGGGCAGUACGAGGGCUGUUUCGAUGUCAAGAUCAAGACCAUUGACAAGAGUGAUCACGAUAGCGUGUUACGAGCUGCGGAAGCGUUGGUGGAUGUAAUCGAGUCGGUCGCGGAGGUAGGCAUGCAGGGUGGAAGCAUCGAAUGAGGCUCGUUGUGUAUGCUGCUUGACUUCCUCUAAUGCGAUAUGAGAAGGUUCCUGUAAUAAGCCCAUCUGAUUAUCCCCUACCGCUAAGGUAAGAAACAUAACGUUAACUUGAGACAUCAUAAUGCUGCCUUGUCUGAUGCGGAGUCCUUGUGCU